AGCAUUCCUGUACCUUUAAGAGAGCAAUAGGAGAGCAAGAGAGGCAGGAAGAACAAAAGCAUGCUAAUUUAUCCCGGGCUGAUUUUUUUCCACUCCAGGCUUUACGCUUAGCGAAAGCUCUUUGCAGCUUCCCCAACACUCGUACACCAGUUCGUUUCCACCGCGCCGAGCAAAGACGCGCACGCACACACACACACAUGCACACGCGACCGCACGCGCUUUUUCUCCCUCACUCGCGCGCACACACAUCGCCUCACGCGCGUACGGCACUGCCUGCGAAAAGCAGCUGGAAAGAGCCCAUCUCGCGCGCUAAGAGAGGGAGAGAGAGACAAAGAAAGACAGAACCGGCUCCGGCAGAGACGAGCUAACAGAACGGGGUGAAGGAGAGAGAGGCGGAGGACCGGAGGGUGGAUCAGGAAGAAGGCGGCUGGCUCUCUAUUGUAGACAGCGGAGCACCGUGAAGGCAUUAUGGGAAACGCACCAUCCCAAGACAUCACUGCAGGAGAGAAGGAGAGAGAGGGAGCGCAUGGCAGUCGCUACAGAAUACAAAGCAGCUAAUGCUGGGGCCUGCUUUCCAAAGCAAGACCCGGAGCGUUCCGGAGGUCACAUGAUCUCCACCGAUGACCUGGAGUACCCGCGCGAGUAUCGCACACUGGGAAACAGCACCCGACGCUUCUCCAAUGUGGGGCUGGUCCACACCUCCGAGCAUCGACACACGGUCAUCGCCGCCCAGAGCCUGGAGGCCCUCACCAACCUGCACAAGGCCGACAUGGAACGCAAGCGGGAUGCCUUCAUGGACCACCUGAAGAACAAGUACCCACCGCAGCACUCCCUACCACCCUCUCCAUCCCCUUCACACAACAGCAUGAGGGGCACGGCCGAGAGGAACGCACGGGAACAGCAACAGCCAAACUACUGGAGCUUUAAGAGCCGCAGUCCACGUCAUUCCCAGUCCACACAAUCAGGUUUGGCAGACCAGGCGUCUAAACUGUCCUUCGCCUCUGCCGAGUCUCUGGAGACCAUGUCAGAAGCCGACAUGCCACUGGGCUUCAACCGCAUGAAUCGCUUCCGUCAGAGCCUUCCCCUAUCCCGCUCUGCAAGCCAGAACAAACUUCGUUCUCCAGGUGUCCUCUUCCUACAGUUUGGAGAUGAAACCAGGCGUGUUCACAUCACUCACGAGCUCAACAGUUUGGAGACCUUACACGCGCUCAUCGUGCACAUGUUCCCUCAGAAGCUGACGGCGGGAAUGCUGAAGUCACCUAACACGGCCAUCUUAAUCAAAGACGAAGCAAGAAACGUCUUCUACGAGCUAGAGGACGUGAGGGAUAUACAGGACAGAAGCAUCAUUAAAAUCUACCGCAAAGAGCCCAUCUACGCCUCCUACCCUGCGGCACAUCUGGCCAACGGAGACCUCAGGAGAGAGAUGGUUUACAGCUCCCGAGACUCAUCACCUACCCGUCGUAUCAACACCCUGCCCUCUUCCACUGCCUCUGCCUCCUCCGGAUCCCCUUCCCGCUCUCGCUUGUCCUACAGCGGAGGCCGCCCUCCUUCAUUUUCUGGUCAGGGUCACCCUCAGGGCCCUCAGCAUCCGUCCCACCACCCAUCACCAUCUCACGGACAGGCUCAAGGCCUCACACCCUCCUCAUCCGCCAUACUGGAGAGGCGUGAUGUCAAACCCGAUGAAGAGAUGUCUGGUAAGAACAUGGUUCUCUUGAAGAAUGAGGGGCUGUAUGCUGACCCAUACAGCUUGGUGCAUGAGGGGCGGCUUAGCAUCGCAUCCACUCAGUCCCUGGCUACCAUCGCCGACCCCUUUGGUUUUCCAGUGACGGGUGGGCUGUACCGCAGGGGCUCGGUGAGGUCCCUCAGCACAUACUCGGCCGCAGCGCUGCAGGGUGACCUUGAAGACUCCCUGUAUAAACCUGGAGGUUCUCUGUACUCCGAUACCUACGGCACCAGCUCUACACUCGGCAUGGGCUUUCGUUUGCCGCCAUCAUCUCCACAGAAGAUUCCCGACGUGCAGUUACGUGACAGGGAUUUGUUCACCGGGUCUCCGAGCCGAGGGUCGCCUGUGAGACAGACCUUCCGUAAGGACUCCGCUUCUUCGUCUGUGUUUGUGGAGAGCCCGAAGUCCAGACCCAGCUCCAGCUCUGAACCCAUAGGAGAUGGUAGUAAGGGACCUGGGUUUGGGUCGCCACUGUCUGGGGGCGAGACGGAUACACGCAGGGAUCGUAUGGAGGCAAUGGAAAAGCAGAUAGCCAGCCUGACCGGGCUGGUUCAGAGCGUCCUAACCCGAGCACCAGACAGCGACAGCACAUGCGGCCUGCUGCGUCUCUGCAUGAUGGCGGGCUGCCCUCCGGACCAGGGGGCGGAGUUUUCACGGCCCUUCCCUUUCUCUUCCAGCGAGAAGACCGAAUCCACCAGCGACGGCUCCGCCACAGGAACUGGCCGGCUGAAGAAGAAAGCUCUGACUCCAUCUGCUCCAUUGGCUCUGAUGCCUCCACCUUCAUCUGGGGGUUCUCAGGCUUCAACAGUCACCAGGCUACAGAUGCAGCUUCACAUGCACGACCUGCAACAGAACGCCACUGAUCUGCGCAAACAGCUCACACAGCUCCGUAAAAUGCAGCUGCAGAACCAGGACUCCAUACGCAGUAUGUUAAAGAGAACAGAGAUCGAGCUGACUCUACGUCUCUCUGAUGCCCUGAGGAAACAGGAAGACCCUCUCCAGAGACAACGCCUGCUGGUGGAAGAGGAGAGACUCAAAUAUCUCAACGAAGAGGAACUUAUAAUACAGCAACUACAUGAUCUAGAAAAGUCAGUGGAAGAAAUCCAGAAGGAGAUGUCUGUCAAUCACCGGCACGUGACAGUGCAGGAGCUGGAGGAGAAGACCUCACUGCUGAGGAGACUUGGAGAGACUCUCACAGAGCUGAAGAAUCAAUUCCCUGGACUGCAGAGUAAAAUGCGGGUGGUUUUGAGGGUGGAAGUGGAAGCCGUGAAGUUCUUGAAAGAGGAACCGCACAGACUGGAUGCCCUUCUGAAACGCUGCCGAUCCAUCACAGACACUCUUAACACGCUGAGGAGGCAGGCGAAUGAGGGUGUGUGGAAAAACAUGGAUGAGUAUUCUAGCCUCUCCCCUAAACUCGGGAUAGGGGAGGAGUUUAGGAAGAGCACAGAUUUUGAGAUUCCCACAAGCCCACCUCUGAACCUCAAUGAAAACAGUUUGGCUAACUGGAGCCCUCAUUCUGGUCAAAGCCACGCCCACAGCCACGCCCACAGCCACACCCACUCUAACCCUUCUGCACAGCGUGAGAAAGAUUCUCACGGGGUGGGGUCGUUAAAGGGGCGGGGCCUGGAGGAGCUAGGAGGUCGAGGGUCUGAUAAAGCUUCAUCGGUGGAAGUGAGACUGGCAGCGGAGAGGGACUGGGAAGAAAAGAGAGCGAGUCUUACACAGUACAGUGCUCAGGACAUAAAUCGACUCCUGGAGGAAACUCAGGCUGAGCUCAUGAAGGCCAUUCCAGACUUGGACUUUGCCGCCAAGCAGAUCAAACCCGCUCAGAACCAAAACCAGAACCAAUAUCAGAACCAGAGCCCUACUAACAUCAAUGCCACACCCGAACACAGGCCUAAUAAAGCUCAGCAUAAACUCUCCAGUAAAGACGGCGGGUCCAGACGGGGCUCGGAUGAGCUGACUGUCGCGAGAUACAGAACGGAGAAGCCCUCCAAAUCUCCCCCUCCUCCUCCUCCCCGCCGGAGCUUCCCCUCCUCACCCGCAAUUACUACACGCAGCGGAGAGUCCAUCGUUCCCGGGAAGAGUAUAAAGAAAGCAGAAUCGGAGGAUGCUGAGUCUCAAAAGCCUCACGUGAAAUUGAGAAGAAGUAUAUCUGAAGCCCCCCGGCCGGCGUCCACUCCCCCAACCGUCGUUGGAGGAGAGAGAGAAGAUGGCGAUGAGGAGAAGUUAGCAUCUGAGCUGGAGCAGCUGACUGCAUCUCAGCGUGAUUUACAUGAUCAGUCCAGUGAUUUCACAGAGGACUCUUCGAUGCAGAGUGGACCGUCUCCUGCUCCGGUACCUCAGAUAGUCUUGACCGAAUGUAACUCACUUCCCACAUCCCCUUCUGAAGACUCUGCUGAGGCUCGGCCAUCUACGGAACAGCAAAAUCCCGACGGCAUGCAGCCGAUGAAAGACAAUAACUCUGGAAGUGACAUUAAAGUAAGUUACUUCAGCCACAUUGUGAGGACCCCCAGUCUGUUGCUAUGGAAACAAGACCAAAAAGUCUCUCCGAUACAAGACUUGGAUGUGGCCCAGAGGGAGUCCCAGACGAGGCAGGCUCCUGUUGGAGACGUGACCCAAUCCUGGCCGCCCUUAAGAAGGGAGAGAGCAAUUAAACAGCCGCUGAAAAGAGAGCCAAGGGUUCAGGAUUCUCUCGAGGCGGAGAGAGAGAUGAGAGAAGAGCAAAUGAGGGAUCAGAGGCCUGAGACACUCAGCCAAAAGUCGGAAACUACAUUGUCAGUCUUGCAAGAAAACGGCCCCUCGGAGACGUCCCGCGUCGGUGUGAUACGCACCCAAGGCGUUGGAGGGGAAAAAGAAGACAUCUGCCACAGCACCUACCGUCGUCUGGACAGUCUGGAGGAAACCAUUCGAGAGCUGGAGCUCAGCCUGAUGGAAUUCAGCACUGACCCGAACACAGGGGACAUCAUCCCCACCGCUGCCCAAACACCGGGAUCCUCCGCUGUCAACAGUUCCAAAAAAACUCAACACACAGCAGAGAACUCCGGAGAGGGAGGGGAAAUAAACAGACCUCCCGUACCACCCAAACCUUCCCACAUCAGAACACCGACAGUCAAGACCGGCGGUGGUAAGGCGUUGUCUCGUCUCAAGCAUCUGCAGCAAAGUGGAUCAGAUAAAAACAAAACAAGCAAACAGAGAGAUGACUUCCUUAAGAGCCAGGGCCAACAGCAGUGAACAGCAGUGAACGACCCGAAACGACCUGACUACCACUUCUCCAUCAGCAUCUCCUGACCGAAACCCACAAUCCUGGUUCCCCCAGCUCCCCACUAUGGUCCUAUACACAUUUGGGAAACCAGUAGCCUGUGACAUCACCCAGCUGUCAUGUUCACCAGAACCUCAUAAACCUUUCAGUUUUAAGAUUGUUGAUGUUAAUGCGUAAGAAGACCAAACCAUAAACACC